UCGGCGGGAGAGGGUGGGAUGGGUUCGCCAGUUACUUUGCUUGCUCUGGGGACAUCAAUCGCAAUAUAGGUUUCUUGGGAUCUCUUCCAAAACCCUCUGAUUGAGUAAACCUAACCUGUGUUUACUGCACAAGCUACUGACAAAUGAGGGCAAAUACUCGCGACCCUUUAAAAUCUGCUAACGAAGGGGACCCAGAUGUAACCCGACCCUCAGCUACCGCCGCCGGAAUCUCCGUUGGAGUCAUUCAUCGGAAGAAAGGCACCGGCGUCAGAGCGUGGCUUCUAAUUGACGCCACUGGCCAGACGCAAGUGGUGGAGGCCGGCAAGCACGCCGUCAUGCGCCGAACUGGCCUGCCUGCCCGAGACCUGCGGAUAUUGGAUCCACUUCUGUCCUAUCCUUCCACGAUUCUGGGGCGUGAGAGAGCGAUCGUCAUAAAUUUGGAGCACAUAAAAGCGAUAAUCACUGCUCAUGAAGUUUUGCUGUUGAAUUCGAGGGACCCAUCCGUCACCCCCUUUGUUGAGGAGUUUCAGAGAAGAAUUCUGCAUCAUCAUCAAGCCACUAAGGCUCAGGAGGGAAAUGGCGAUGAUUCAACCUGGACAAAAUUGUAUGAUUUGGAAGAGCCACAAUCUAGAACUGUUAGUCCUCGAAUUCAGGAUGGGGAAAGUAAAGGAGAAGAGAAACAAUUCCAAAAUAGAGAUGGGAUGAAGAUUCUCCCCUUCGAGUUUGUAGCACUGGAGGCAUGCCUUGAGGCUGCUUGUGGAGUGUUAGAAAAUGAAGCAAAGACAUUGGAGCAAGAGGCUCAUCCUGCCUUAGAUAAGCUGACUUCAAAGAUUAGUACUCUCAACUUGGAACGUGUUCGUCAAAUUAAAAGCCGCUUGGUUGCAAUUACUGGUCGAGUUCAAAAGGUACGGGAUGAGUUAGAACACCUGCUAGAUGAUGAUGAAGAUAUGGCUGAGAUGUAUCUGACAGACAAGUUAGUUCAGCAGCUUGAGGAUUCUUCAGCCUCAUCCAUGAAUGAUAAAGAUGACACGGAAGAUCAAGAACUUCAAACUGAUAUGGAUGGCAGGAUACCUGCGGAAAUAUCAUUGGAAACUGGGGGUGGUUUUGCUCGCUAUGAAGAUCAUCAAAAUGCACUUGGCAGGGACAGCCAUGGAACUCGUACUAGCGCUACCUACAGUACUAUUACCAAGCAACUUGAUGUAGAAGAGCUUGAGAUGCUCUUGGAAGCAUACUUCGUGCAAAUUGAUGGCACACUGAACAAACUAUCCACGCUGAGGGAGUACGUGGAUGACACAGAGGACUACAUCAACAUUAUGCUGGAUGACAAGCAGAACCAUCUGUUGCAAAUGGGAGUGAUGCUGACAACGGCAACCCUAGUCGUGAGUGCUUCAGUGGUGGUGGCUGGCAUUUUUGGGAUGAACAUUCAUAUUGAGCUUUUUGAUGCUGGGAUGCGGGAAUUCCUCUGGACCGUUGGUGGCAGCACCGCGGGCACCAUAUUCCUGUACGUGAUUGCCAUUGUCUGGUGUAGACACAAGCGUCUUCUGGAGUGAGAUUCACUGGCCGCCACAAUGUUCAGAUACCAUGUUCAUACUUUGUAAAAAUAUAUCAAGUGAGCCAUCAACACGAUGAUUCAUCAAUAAUGUCUAGGAGGUUUACUUCUACGGAACAAGAUUAAAGCGAUAUGAGGGUGACUUUGAUUCAAAAGAAAAAAAAUUGUAAUAUCACUUUUUUCAAUCGAAAAGCAAACCAGCAUAAAGUGUUUGUGACUUGAUUCCGCCGAACAAAGUAUGAUAUUCGUGGGUGCUUUUUGAAGU